CGUCCACGAUUAACCAUAUACUCUUUUGACAGUGAUACGUAGUACCUUCUUCUUACUCUGUGACAGUGAUUCAGCUAAAGUCAAAGAGGCUUUAUGUUUGUGGCAUUUUAUACACAACGUUGCUAAAGCAAAAAUAUUGCAAUUUUUCUUUCCUUUACUUAACUUAAAAUGACAGACAAACAGAAAGUGGAUCUGGGUUUACUCGAAGAAGACGAUGAGUUCGAAGAAUUUCCCGCGGAAAAUUGGGGAACCGAAGACGCUGAUGAUGAAGAUGUGUCAGUUUGGGAGGAUAAUUGGGAAGAUGAUAUAGUUCAAGAUGAUUUCAAUCAACAAUUAAGACAGCAACUUGAAAAACUGAAAGAAACAAACAAGUCUUAGAAUUACUUAGCAUAGUACUAGAUUUAAUACCUUUUUUAACAUCAACAUAUUUCUAAAUUCUCAAUAAUAUUACCUAAUUAGAAAAUGAGUACCUAUUUAUUGGUCAUAACUUUUGGCAUCAUU